ACCAUGGAAGGCCUAAGGGUGGAGUGUCGACUGGGCCUGCGCCUCAGGGGCCCACCCUGUGCCCUGUCCGUCUUAUUGCCCUACACUCCCCCGCCCCCGGAGUUGCGCAGCAGGGCAGAAUCUGUGAAGGCCUCAGUUUUUACCCCAGAGUGGUGUGGAAACAAGCUUUUUUGUAGCUGGGUGUACAUUUGUGUAGGCACAAGCAGGUCUGUCCUGAACCUGUGGAUAGGUGUUGGAAAGUAGUCCAUAUUCGCUGCUUGUUGUACUGAGCGUGCAAUACUUGGAGCACAUCAGGGGGCCAAGCAUACGCCCACCUUUCAUGGCACUUAUGCUCCAAAGAGACUGACGCUCUGAUCAGUACUGAGUACAUCAGGUGUAAUAGAGACAAGAGCUGGAGUGGGGGGAAAGGGGCUCAGCUGAAGGUGGGGGAGUUAUCAGUUGGAAUUUCAAAUAUGUAGUUAUUAGGAGUCUCAGGGACCUUGGUGGUUAAACCUAGACGUUCCUCAUCACUAUCUCUGCUGUGUUCGCUUUGAGGCUUACUCUGAAAAGGCGGUGCAAGACAUUUCCUUAACUAAGGCUGUGCAGAGAGAGAGUAGGUCAGCAAAGAGCAGCUGCAUGGCCGUUGUGGUGAGCCCCAGAGAUCAUACAGAAACUGUCCCAGGUGUUUGCUUUGCAUCUUUGGUGCUCUGGGUUCCAGAGAGAUGAGAUGGAAUCUUGCCCAAACAGCCAACUGAAGGGACACAGAUGGGCCCAGUUAUAUUGCCAGUGAGGAGAGCCGGCUCUUCGUCCUCACAGAGCUGUUGGAAAGGAAGGCCCACUCUCCCUUUUACCAGGAAGGUGUGAGCAACGCCCUGCUCAAGAUGGCUGAGCUGGGCCUGACACGCGCAGCAGAUGUUCUUCUGCGGAAUGGGGCUAAUCUCAACUUUGAAGACCCUGUCACCUACUACACAGCUUUACACAUCGCUGUCCUGCGGAACCAGCCGGACAUAGUGGAGCUGCUGGUGCAGCAUGGGGCUGACAUCAAUCGGAGGGACCGCAUUCAUGAGAGCAGCCCCUUGGACUUGGCCAGUGAAGAGCCGGAGCGCCUGCCCUGCCUGCAGCGCCUCCUGGACCUUGGAGCUGAUGUUAAUGCAGCUGACAAACACGGAAAGACUGCCCUGCUCCAUGCUUUGGCUAGCAGUGAUGGAGUGCAGAUCCACAACACUGAGAACAUCCGGCUCUUACUGGAAGGAGGGGCAGAUGUCAAGGCUACCACCAAAGAUGGGGACACUGUGUUCACCUGCAUCAUCUUCUUGCUUGGUGAGACCGUGGGAGGGGAUAAAGAGGAAGCCGAAAUGAUCAACCGCUUCUGUUUCCAAGUAACACAGUUGCUGCUGGCUCAUGGGGCAGAUCCCAGUGAAUGCCCAGCCCAUGAAUCCCUCACCCAUAUUUGCCUCAAGAACUUUAAGCUGCAUUUCCCUCUCCUGCGCUUCCUCCUGGAGUCUGGCGCUGCCUACAACUGUUCCCUCCAUGGUGCGUCCUGCUGGUCUGGCUUUCAUAUCAUCUUUGAGAGGCUCUGUUCUCAUCCAGGCUGUGCUGAAGAUGAGAGCCACGUGGACCUCCUGCGCAAAGCCGAGACUGUGCUGGAUCUCAUGGUGACCAACUCCCAGAAACUCCAGCUGCCUGAAAACUUCAAUAUCCAUCCUGUGGGAAGCCUGGCAGAAAAGAUCCAGGCCCUCUACUUCUCCUUGAGGCAGCUGGAAAGCUAUCCCCCACCCCUCAAGCACCUGUGCCGUGUCUCUAUCCGCCUCUACCUUCAGCCAUGGCCUGUGGACGUGAAGGUCAAAGCUCUGCCUCUGCCUGACAGGCUGAAGUGGUACCUUCUCAGUGAGCACAGCGGCACCCUCAAGGAUGACAUCUAACAGGGCGUGACUAAAAGGAAUGAGGGUCUAGGCAGCAUCAGUCAACCUGUGAUGGAUUUGAGUACCUGUGACAGUUUUGUGGGAGCGUCUUUUGAUGUAAGCAAUGAGCUGUACCCUUAGUGAGCCUACCAGGUAGAGCCCGAGCUGUAAUCCUCCCGUGGUAAAAGGUGCAGCUCUGUCUUCCAGGGAGACUGCCCCUCUUCCCUCUGGCAGUAUCCCCAAAAUCUCAAACCACAUUGGAAAAAGGGACAGUGUUUAGAUUUCGGACCAGUUAUACCCAAAGUGCCGAGUCUGAGCAUCCCCAAGAGCUGCAGCAAUCUGCGGUCCUGCACAGAGGCUCAGCGGGAGCCAGAAGGAAGCCAGGGUAUGUCCUGUGGGUGCCACCUAGCCAGGUCCUAUUCCUGCCUCUUUUCACUCCAGAUUGUCACAAGUGCUUUUGGUGAACUGGGGGAGAAGGCACUAAGGGCCUCCAUGGCCCAUCUCCUUGUGUUGAAAGCUGAGCUGACCCCUGCUACCUUCUAGAGCUCAGUAGCUGGGUCACCUAUGGCCCUGCCUACCAGGGCUGUGCUCUAGUGGCAGCUAUACACGCACCAAGCCCAAGGCCUUGGGGACCAUGCCUUCUGCUAAAAAGCAAUCAUGCGUGCACAGCAGGGACAGCCCUUUCAGAAUUGUCUUUGUGAGGGGCUCACCUGAUAGCACACCAUCAAGACAGCUGACCACACUGCUCAGUGUGGAGGGCUUGUAAACUCUGUCCAAGUCACACUGACCAUUGUGGAUUGUGUUAAUGCCUUUGGGAUGAAGCUUAAGGUAACUAAAUGAUAUAUUUAUAUCAUAAAA